CUUUGUUGCAAUCAGUUACUAUUAACACUUUUGAAAUUCGAAGUCACAAUCGAUUCAACCCUGAAGAAAUUUAAAUUUUGAGUUUUGAAUUUCAAAUUGAAAAUCAUUUUAAAUUUCAAGGAUUUUCAAAUUCGAAAUUUGAAUACGUAUUCCGAUUGACAUCUUUGAAUUAUUUCAAUUUUUACUGAUUUCUGCUUCAAAAAUCACAAAUUCUUCAGAGAUAUUUGAACGAUGCUACAAAAAGUGGAGAAUUAUCUUCAAAUUUACUUAUGACAAAUUUACGAAAUUUACCAAAAUCAUGUUUUCCCCCAUAUCCCAAAAUCACGAUCGGGCUUCACUGAUACUUCCGAUCACUACUUCCACUCGCUGCUUCCAAUCGGUGUUUUUCCCGGUGUCGCACACACUCACACACGCAUCAGGCAGUGUCGACUCACUAUUUAUGAUACUUAUUGGGUUGGCUGAUGCUGAAAGAAGUGGAAAAGGAAGGAAACCAAUGGCUUAUUCUAAGAAGGCUUAUAUUGAGGUUGAAGACGUACAGGCCAUAAAGAACAAAGGAUCUAAUUCUAGUACCUGAGCAAAUCCAUAGACCUCUAGCCGAGGUUCAAUAGUUCAAAUUACACGUGCAACACCAACCUGUGAAUAUGAAUAAAGCAGAAUAUGACCAAAAAGUCAAAGAGAAAGAGAUGAUGUACAAGAGAUACAAAUAAGAUACAAAAUUUAGCAAAGAUGGUAUAAUAGAACACUGUAUGUAAUGU